CCUCAAUUGGGAUCGAGAUUGCACCGUAAACAUGGCGGACAAGGAACGCGAUCCGACGUGCAACCCUGUGCAACCACUCCUUGAAAAGGAUGAUGAUGAUGAAGAGAGCUAUGCAAAGCCAUACCCGACAGAUCCCAACUAUAGCAAGGAUCAUCGGGUGAAUGCACCCCCUCCUCCUCCUGGGCAGCCACAGCCGUCAACGGAGGAAUACGCUACCUUUGACAUUGUCAAGGCAACCCAGUAUGGCGUGUAUGAGCGAUGCGUUGAGCUUAUCGAAGGAGGGCAUGACGUCAACACACCAGAUCUUGAGAACGUCAGUUUGUUACACUGGGCAGCGAUAAACAACAGAGCUGAUUUAGUCAAAUAUUAUAUAUCAAGAGGAGCCGUUAUAGAUAAGCUGGGAGGUAUCUUGAAUUCUACCGCUCUCCACUGGGCUACGCGACAGGGCCACCUUGCCAUGGUUGUCAUGCUGAUGUCAUAUGGGGCCGAUCCAUCAAUCAGGGAUGGUGAAGGCUGUAGCUGCAUUCAUCUUGCUGCCCAGUUCGGUCAUACGCCCAUCACCGCGUACCUCUUGGCUAAGGGCCAUGAUGUUGAUCUACAAGACAGGAACGGCAUGACUGCACUAAUGCAUGCCGCUAUGAGGGUUCAAAAUCAAGAUCCAUCCCGACUAUUGCUGAAGUUCGGUGCCAAUGUUCACCUGGUUGACAAAUUCCAUAAAAAUACUCCUCUCCACUGGGCCGCUAGCUCGGGCAACUAUAUUGUGGCGUCGUUGCUGAAUGAGUAUGGCGCGAAUCUGGACGCCGUUAAUGAUAAGGGCGAGACGCCGCUUCAGGUUGCCAUGGCGCGGAAGAACUACUGGGUUGUUAAGAAGCUGAAGGCCUUCCGUCUCGAGAAGGGUCUCGAUAGGACAAACUUCAUCGAUGGACUCACAAACAGCUCGAAAGUCCGAGAGCGUGUCAUGUUCUUCUUCCCGUUCUUUUCCCUGUUUGUCGUCGGUUACAUCCCCGAGUUGGACGAACCUUGGUACAUCAAACUGGUCUUGUUUGGAAUCUUUAUAUUCAUCUGGAGACUCGUAGGAAGAAUGUUCUUUGACCAGCGAUAUUCUGUCAAGAUGCCGGUGGCGCUGUAUCUGGCUACGAAAUUCUGGAUGUACUUCACGUGGUUUGCCUACUGCUGGCCAUAUGUGAAUUCUUUGGCGAUCAUGAUUCCGUUCUCUCUCAACACGGUGUUCCUCAUGUACAACUUCUGGAAGGCAUGGAAGACGGACCCGGGCGAGGUCGUCUCCAAACCUGACGAGCGCAUCAAGGCGAUUCUAGAAUUGACGGAAACGAACACUUUGACGUUACAACAGUUCUGCAACACCUGCCUGGUGCAGCGUCCAAUCAGAUCGAAGCAUUGUUCGAUAUGUAACCGCUGCGUAGCACGAUUUGAUCAUCACUGUCCCUGGGUGGAUAACUGUGUGGGCUUCAAGAAUCACAAGUAUUUCGUAGGCUACCUCUUCUUCCUCCUAGGAAUGAUCACAUGGUGUAUAUAUGGAUGCGGAACUUUCUGGCAGCAUGAAGCUGGUAUUCACUACAGCGUCGACGGAUUCUGGGGUGUCGUCAAAAAGAUCGUCUAUGUCUCACCGUUUGUGUCCUGGAUUGCUUGCAAUGCCAUGUUACAUUUCACUUGGGUGUCGAUCCUUCUAGUCUGUCAGCUCUAUCAGGUGGUGUACUUGGGUAUGACGACCAACGAGAGACUGAACAUCAAGAGGUACACCCAUUUCCACACAGCGAAGAAGGGCAUCUUCAAAAGUCCGUUCACGCGUGGAAUAUUCAAGAACUUUAUAGAUCUGCUGGGGUGGCGCUGCGGCGGGAUUUGUCGUCCGGAUGGCACUGAUUGGAUGAAGAAAUAUGACGUGGACGACAACACUUCGAUUAAGCCUCGUGUGACCUUGAAUCAAGGUCGUGAUAAUUAUCAAUAUGUGUAGAUAGCGUCAAUGAUAUGUACCGGUAAAUACUUUGACAGUAGAUACCCAGUUUAUGCUUUAUUGACGAUUGCUGGCAAGAAUUUGGUAAGUGCCACUUUGGGUCAGUUCUCUAAAGAACUACUGUCAUUGGUUUAUUAAACUGAUGCCUCUUAGAGCAUUGCCUUUGAGUCCAGUCAAUAGAGGGCAGUCUGAUGAACAGAUCUCUAUUUUGUUGAAACUGGCACUUUCUGGAUUCUUGUACGCAUACCGUCAGUUAUUAACUUUUUUCAUGAGUGACCACCGCAGAAAGGCAACUUUUGUUGCAUGCAAUCAUGAUCAUAGGGUCGCAACAAUCUAAAACGCUUGUCUGCAUGGUGCACAAUGGAUGAACAAAGAAACUGCACCACCAUUUUGAAGUUUUUGCAAGUCUUGAGACUUGGUCUUUGCAUGCGUAACUUAUGAGACAGAAAAACUAAUCUCAACCAAACCACCUAUUAGAAAACGUUGAUGUGUUAUAGAGUCCUAUAAAUGAGAGAUCUUGUAAUUAUGUUUUUGAGUGUAUAAAUUAAUCGUCAUAGAGAAUAUGAAUAAACAUGUAGAAGUUGUAAAUUAUUGAAAAAGUAAUAUGUCAUCAUUAAGUGUUGGAAUUUUAGCACUAUUUUUGAUGGAGAUCAUCGUAUAAAAGAUAAGUUCUAUCGCACUUGGCUUAAAUGAACAAAAAUGUUUAUAAAUCAUUGUUCAAGUCACAAAUUUCUAUGGUCAUUGUGUUGCCUGUUCAAAAUACUACUUCUGGUUAUUAAUAAAUUUCAGUGGAAGCUUUUUUUAUUGUUUGUGUACAAUACAUAGUUACACCAUCUAUUAUACUCUUUUUCUACAAAAAUAUUACUUUGAACACAAAACGAAUUCAAGAGUAAAAAUCUUGACAAUAUAUCAUAUUUAUAUUCAGUUUUGUAUUUUUAUGAAUGCAUGUAGUUAGUUGCUCUUCAAUCUGUCAAAAGGUAGCUCUGUCGUUAGCGAAAAUAUUCUAAUUGCCAAACAUUGGUCAUGGGUUUGAUUCUCUUGGACUUUUUGAAGUGACUUAUUGGAGUUGUUAUUCUAGUUGUAAAUAUGCUAGCUUUUACACGUGUUUAUUCAAAGAUUUAUUUGUGGAUAUAUUCUUUGAUUUAUUUUGAGGCGUAAAUGCAUUAGCCAGUUUGCAUGUUUCUGGUUUUUAGUGCCGAGAGCCUCCCUUCAGCAUGCAAUACAGUGAGGUGUUGUGAUCGCAUUGGAUAGAACGACUCCACUGUCAUUCAAAUAUUUUUGGGGUUGGUAAAAAAGAGAUGUGUGUAGUCUGUCCCAAUGUGUAGCUUUGGGUUUGUUGGCCUAUUACUGGCCUGGGCGAUGCCAUCCCUUAGAUACAUGCAGUGUUGUCGUUCGGUGUCUUUUGCAGGCAAAUUAUAUAGGAAAUCCCACCGCCCUUAUAAUUGGAAUUGCUUAGUCAUUCUGUUUAUGAUAGUUUCCCCAUUUCUGUGGGAAUGAGAAUUGCAACAAGAAUUUUCAAGGAGAGCACUUUUGUGAGAAUGAGUUUGAAUUUCAUCUGAUUUCUUCUGCAAUAGUAUUGUAGUCUGUUUGUGAAGUGUUGGAUUGCUAUUUCUUUUUGCCAAAAUCUGAUUUCAUUAUUUGUAGAUUGGGUCAUCUCCGUGACCUGCUAAAGUUAUCAGGGACUCAAUAAUAUGGACGAGCGACUUUUGUCAAACAAUCAUGAUCGAAGGUCGUGGCAAUUAAAAUUGCAAGUUUGCAGGGCAGUUCAAACAUCCCUAAUAUGAAGCAGAUGUGUUGAUUUCCUUGGGACGAGCAUGAGGUUUGAGUAUAACAUGCAUUUCUAUCAAUGUGAAGGCAUUUUACCAGUCUUAAUUGGGGUAUUGGACUUGUAAUAGACAUGGUUAUGUUUUCAGCCUACCAUUUACAGUCCUGGUAUUCGUGUUCGAUGUCACGAGAUGAAUUUGUUUCCGUUUUCCUCUGACAGAGUUUUUGUGAGAGAGGGUCCUAGAGUUUCCUUUUUUUUUCUGAAUGUACAUUUUGCUGUAGUAUUAGGUCAACAUCUAGUCUGUCUUUGAAGUUGUACUUUGAGAAGAUAACGAAUUUAUUGUGAAAUAUAGAAUCAGGUUAUGCUUUGCA